GGAUUUGGAGCCCCAAUUCCUAUUAAAAUGAAUGAGAUUGGGGUUCCCAUAUCCCCUAGGCAAAGUCCAGUGUCCUGGCUAGCUCCCAGCUCAGGGCAGAACAUUACCCCUCCCCAAAUUCCUGCCAUGUUGUCAAGAGGAUAUCUUCACCUCCAGCCCUGACCUGGGCAGCUGUUCCCCAUUUUCCAGCCUCCACCCCAGAGGUGGCUGCAGUAGGAGACCGUUACACAGCGCCAAAGCCAGAUUCCCGUGUAACAGAGAGAAGAAUUUGACCCUCAUUAGCAGCAUUGUUUAUUCAGCUUCCCCCUGGGCUGGCGCCUCAGUGUUUCCCAGGGUCGGGGAUUGUGCAACGCUGGCCAGUAGGAUAUUUCUCUGAGUGCAGCUGCCCCCGCCAUGUCUUUCUCUCCAGCUGGGCUCGGUAUAUAACACCCACCCAGAAAGUACAGAGCCUCAGACACUUUGCAGGCGGCUGGAUCCAUACUCCAAGGGAAACCGAGGCAUCAGGACUGGGACAGCCAUGGCUCUGAAGGAACCCCGCCCAGCACUACUGCUGCUGCUGGUUUUGCUGCCCGCCUGGCUGGCUCUGGGCCGGAGGGAGACGCGCCACGAGAAAUUCCACCGGCAGCACGUGGACUUCCCGAAGACCAGCGCCCUGGACGCCCGGCGCUACUGCAACCUCCUGAUGCCGCGGAGGAACCUGACGGCUGAUGCCUGCAAACCCACCAACACCUUCAUCCACGCGGGGCCUGCCGAGGUGGACGGCGUCUGUAGCUCAGGGGGCACCCCCAGCACCGAGAAUUACUACGACAGCAAUGCGCCCUUUGAGAUCACCACCUGCCGGCUGGCAGGGGGCGCUCAGAGACCCCCCUGCAACUACCGCGGGAGAACCAGCACCCAGCGGAUCCGGGUGGCGUGCGUGGGAGGGCUGCCCGUGCACUAUAAAACACAGCUCUAGGGGCAAGGAGGCGAGAAGGGGGAGGGACAGUGAGGUUGGCAAUUUCAUCUGAGCUUAAAGAAAUUAGGACCCAACGGGGCCAGGUCCCUUGCUGGUGUGACUGGGAGUUCAGCAGCCUAAAUCUCUUAGAUCCCUACCCCACCCGCACCCUCUUCUGCCCCACUGCCCACUAGACACUAUAGCUGCCCCUUCCCCACCCCCAUGCUCUGCUACCCCCUAGUGCUCAUUAUACAGUAUAGCCGCCCCUUCCCCGCCCCCACCCUCUGCUGCCCCCUAGUGCUCAUUAUACAGUAUAGCCGCCCCUUCCCCACCCCGACGCUCUGCUGCCCCCUAGUGCUCAUUAUACAGUAUAGCCGCCCCUUCCCCACCCCCGCCCUCUGCUCCCCCUAGUGCUCAUUAUACAGUAUAGCCGCCCCUUCCCCGCCCCCACCCUCUGCUGCCCCAUAGUGCUCAUUAUACAGUAUAGCCGCCCCUUCCCCAUCCUUUAUGUGCUGCUGGUACAGUGGCUCAAGGACAAACCUGGGACUCAGGAUACCUGAGUCUUACUUUUUAUUCUUCCUCUGACCCAAUUCCGUGACCCUGCACAAAUCACUUGAAGUCUCUGUGCCUCAGUUUCCCCAUACGUUGUCCAUCAAGUCUCUUUAGCAUGGAAGCUCCUUGUGGCACGGAUUGGCUCUCAUCUUGUGUCUGUACAAUAACUAGAACACAAACAUGCCUCCAUUUCAGCUGAGGUCUCUAAGUGGUAUUGUCAUUCAAAUCAUAUCAGUUAUUCGGGGGUGGCGCAUCUUUUUUGUUCUGUGCUUGUUCAGCACCUGGGCCAUGGUCAGUGACCAGGUCGUCUAGGCACUAACCCAGUACAGUUAAUAAAUAAUCAGAGAGAUGUAUCGAUCUGAAUCCUGGAAUUUCUUUUCCUGAGUUGCAGUCUCUUGCUGCUUCCUCCAAUAAAGCACUUUGCUAGAAA